UGUCGCUUAUCAAAAAUGUUUUUCAUGUUUUUCCAAACUUAUUAGUUUGCCGAAAAACUUAUUUUCCUUAGGCUUUUUAAAGUUGUUUUUGGUUUAUUAUUUUUCAUUGUUUCGUUUUCACCCUCAUCUCACGCCUCCUAAUCUUCUAAACUUUUCUAAUUUUUCAGUUUUCAUUUUUUUGCGUUGGUGUAUUCCAGCAUGGAAAAGUCGAAAUCAUUACUAAUGAUCAAGGAAAUCCUUGCCUACUUCAACGACAGUCAACGCGAAGCCACAAAGGAUGCUGGAACGAUUUCUGGACUUAAUGUUUUGCGUAUCAUCAACGAGACAACUGCUGCGGCUAUUGCUUGAACAAGAAAGGCCAAGGCUAGUGCAAGGUCCUGAUUUUUGACUUGGGCGGUGGAACUUUUGAUGUGUCUAUUUUGACUAUUGAAGACGGAAUUUUUGAGGUUAAGUCGACUGUUGGAGAUACUCACCUUGGAGGCGAAGAUUUCGACAAUCGAAUGGUCAACCAUUUUGUGGCUGAAUUCAAGCGUAAGCACAAGAAGGAUCUUGCCACCAAUCCUCGUGCUCUCGUCGUUUUCUACUGCUUGUGAACGCGCUAAGAGGAUUUGUCUAGCUCCACUCAAGCGAGCAUUGAAAUUGAUUUGCUCUUUGAUGGAAUUGACUUAUACACCAACAUCACGCGUGCUCGUUUCGAAGAACUCUGUGCCGAUUUGUUCCGCAGUACUAUGGAUCCAGUUGAGAUGGACUUUUGUCUUACUGCUCUAACAUCAAGCAGACAAUGGAGGAUGAUAAGGUUUGAUUAUUUUGAGAGAUAAAGCAGGGCUUUGGUGUCUUGGGGAUGGGCUUUCUUGUUUAAGGGAUUGGAUGUUUUGUUUGGGGAUAGAGUGGGUUGUUUUGUUGGGGAUUGGAGCAGGGAUGAGCUGGAGCUGGAUUGACUGUUUUGGGGUGACUUGGGAGGACUACUGGGUUGUCUCUUGUUAGGGGAUUGAUUGUAUUUGGGUUUUGUUGGGUUGGAUUGACUGUUAGUAUUGCUGUGGGCAGGGAUUGGUUGUCUUCCAUCUUUUUUGACCUUUACGUCUUGAGGAAGGGCCCUUCUUUUUAGAAAAAGGUUUUCAAA